AUGUCUUCAAUUAAUUUAUCUGAUGAUUUAUUAAAUAAUUUUGAAGAAUCAAUUAAAUCAUUUAUUGCCUUUCUUCUUCAAGAUCCAUGUACAGGUUCAAGUUCAGCUGUAGCAUCUACUUCAACAUCUGAACAUAAUUCAGCUUCUGUUGAGCAACAUGUUCGUCGUAUAUAUGAAUCAGCAAAUGAAAUCGAAUGUAAUUUAUUACAAUUAAAAGCAUUAGUUAAUCGAACAUUACCUGAAGAACAAAUACUUGAAAGUAUAACUGAUUUACGAACAAAUAUUGAACGAAAAGAAACAUUAUUAAGAGAAUUUAAUCAAUAUUUAAAUGAUGCUAUCGCAGAUUUUAGUGUUGAAAAUACAGAAAGUCUUAAUGGUUUGCUUGAUGAAUUAAGUCGAGGUAUAACAACAACAUCGACUCUUACAAAUGCUGAUCUUGGUGAUAAUUUAUCUCAAGCAACGACAGCAACAACAGCAAGUCAAUCUUCACUUCUUGGUAAUAUGACACUUGCAAAUCCUACUACUUAUUCUACUCAUUUUAAUGAUAUUUGGUUACAAGAAAUUCUUACUAAUAAUGAAGAUAAUUAUCAAAUAAAGGCAAAUAAUCUAGAUACAAUUCUAAAAUAUAUAAUGGAUUACUAUUCUAAAACACUCAAUCAAUCUCUAGUUGAAGAACUUAAUCAAAUUGUUAAAGCUAAACGAGAAAUGGAAGAUCAUUAUCAUGAACUUCAUUUGCAGAUAUCUAUACUUCAAGAUGAAAAAUCUAAUUUAAUACAAGAAACAAAACAACUAAAUGAACGUAUACAGGAAUUUGAAAAUGUUGCAGAAGCAGAAGAACAUUUUAUUCGUUUAUAA